AGGUUAACUGUAAAUGUCAGGGUGACAGUUUUUUCAAUACGUGAAUUUUUCAAAAAUUUUCUGAAAUGUGUCUAAACCAAAGGGUUAAUGCAAUAUUAGCAUGUUUCUACUGCUAAAUGAAAGUUUUCGAAUUAUAUUUUUAUAUCCUUUGGAUAUCAUGAUGUCAUUAGUACAGUAAUUAACUGCAUUUAUUCAGGUUAUGUUGAACUAACUUCUUUCGAACAUGGAUUUGAAUAAAAGAGCUGAAGAAUACUUCAGUUCCAUGAAUUCUAUCGCCUCCCGAAUUUAUAAUGACAUAAAUCAAACUAAAGCAGCUUACGAGGAUUUAUGGAAUACCCUUAGUCCUGAUGAACAAGAACAAAUAUUGAAUGAAAGUAUUAUUAAGCCUGAAGUACAAAUAAAAUAUAAUUACCAAGAUGAAGGAGGAUUCAAAAAAAGCCAAGAAUAUUCUUCUAAAAUUAUUAUUGAUGAAAAUAACUGUUCUUAUCGAGAUGAACAUUCAGCUCCUUUCAGUUUUAAAACACGCAGUCAAAGAGAUUUGUCCAUACUCACUUCUAAAGAUACCAAGAUGAAGAAGCCUAAUAGAGUCGUCAAUAUUCCUAGGAAACCUGCAGUGAAGGAAAUAGAACCAGUCAAGCAGAAAAUUGACUUGGAAGAAGUGGAAACAGAUAAUUCUUCAAACGAUUUAUUACCAAAAACAGGACUGGACUUUUUAGAUAACUGGUAAUGCCUUGAAACAAAGCCAAAGAUGAUUGUACUGCUCAUAAUCUAUUUAUAAUAAUGUAGUUUCAAUAUGCACAAGGGAUAUUUUGUAUCUGAUAUGAUCAUGUAUUUAUUUGAUUUGUAUGUGUUUUUAUAUAUAAAAUAUAAAAAUAAUAAAGUUUUUGUAAGCAUUUAA